AUGUCUUUCCUUAACUCAUCGCAGGGCUCAUAUGAUCUAGAAAGCGGCAAAAAGUCGGCAGGAGCGACAGUGACCGACGUGCAGUCAGAAAAGAGUGCACGUCCGGUCCUUGGACUCAGAAAAACGUCUGACAAGGUCUUGAAGACCAAAUCUUCAGGAGACAGCAGCGAGAAGCUUGCUGGGUACGUUGGGGAAGAAGAUGCCCUCACCAAGAUCGGGAACGUCUUGUUCAAGAUCCACAGCGCCUCAAUCAUCACAAGAUAUGCCCUAUACAUCCUGCCGGUCGCCGCUCUCUUGUCGAUACCACUAGUCCUUACAGCCACGGUGUAUGCGGACAGCAAGGCUGGUCCUAUCCGCCUGCUCGGUCUCUUCGUCUGGAUCGAGAUUGUGUGGUUGUCGCUCUGGAUCUGCAAGCUGAUAGCCCAUGGUCUGCCUUUCGUGUUCGAGGCGACUUGUGGGCUAGUCAGUGGUGGGAUUCGCAAGUACAGUCUCGUAUUGAUCUCGCUUGAAAUCCCAGUCUCACUAUUCUUCUGGACCAUCGUCAGCUAUGCCACAGCCGGAACAAUCUGCAUAUGGAACAAGGAUCAGUGCCAUAACUCCAAGAAUUGGCUCGAUACCCUCAAGACUGUGUUCAAGGCUGGUAUCGUUGUCGCUGCGAUAUUCUUGGCGGAGAAGACCUUGAUUCAGCUGGUCAGCAUCAACUAUCACAGGAAGACGUAUCACGACAAGAUCAAGGAAAGUAAGAAGCUAAUAAAGUUGUUGGACCUGCUCUACGAUGCUUCUCGAGCACUCUUUCCAGAGUUUUGCAGGGAAUUCGAAGAAGAGGAUGCCGAGAUCCAGGGCAACACCCUGGCAGAUGUUCGCAACCAGUUGGCCAAGGCUGGUGUCAAUCAGAAAGUCUUCAACAUGGGUCGUGUUCGUGACAAGGUCACAGCAGCAUUUGGGGCGAUGGCUUCCGACAUUGCCGGCAAGCAAGUCUUCAGCACCACAUCAGCACACGCGAUUGUCAUCGAAGCCUUGGAAUCGCCCCGUUCCUCAAAAGCUUUGGCACGACGUUUGUGGCUGUCCUUCGCUGGCGAAGGCAGGGAAGUGCUCUACAGACAAGACCUUGUAGAGAUUCUCGGCGAACAGCAGAACCAAAAAGUAGACGAGAUCUUUGGCCUUCUAGAUCGAGAUGGCAAUGGCGACGUAAGCCUGGACGAAAUGGAGAUGCUCGUCGUCCAAGCUGGCCAAGAUCGCAAGAACAGGGCAACCUCGAUGCACGAUAUCAGCCAAGCAAUCGCCGUCCUGGACCGGCUACUUUCUGCAGUCGUUCUGGCUGCCGUCGCGUUGAUCUAUGCGGCAUUCUUCUCGCCAGCAUUUGCGGCUAAGACCACUCAGCUCUGGACGACAUUCACGGGCCUUGCCUCCGCAAUAGGCGGAACGGUGACAGAGUUUCUCAGCUGCUGUAUCUUCCUCUUUCUCAAGCAUCCAUACGACGUCGGCGAUCGGGUCAACAUCAACGAGCAAGAGCUCAUCGUCGAGCGAAUCAGCUUGAUGUACUCAGUUUUCAGGAGGGUCGAUACCAACUCAACCCUUCAAAUCCCCCACAACAUCGCAAACUCGCUAUGGAUCGAGAACAUCAGCCGCAGCCAAGCUAUGCGCGAACGUCUCACAAUUGCUGUCGCCGCAACCACGACUCAAGAAGAUAUCCUAGCUCUGAGAGGAGAACUGCAGAAGUUCGUAGCAGCUGACGAGAACCGCCGCGACUACCAACAAGAAUUCGACAUUGAACUGCGCGGCGUCGGUGACCUCAAGCAACUCGAUCUGCGCGUCGAGAUCCGCCAUAAGUCAAACUUCGCCAAUGAGAUGCUCCGCAAUCCCCGCCGGAACAAGUUCAUGUGCGAGCUUCUCGCCGCCGCCAGGAGAAUUCCAUUAGAGCCACCGGGCGGAGCAGCGCCUGCUCUGGGCGAUCCUGCUAAUCCGGCAUACUCGGUCGCUGUAUCUGAUCUCGAGGCGGUCGCGGCGAGAGAGAGGAAGGCGAAGGAUGUGGAGGCUAGUCGAUUGUUUCCGAUAGGAGGGACGUAUGCGAAUGCUGUGAGUUCGGCGGUUCAGAAAUACGCUCCGAGUGUGGUUGGGAGUGUAACAGGACGUCGGCCUAGUGCUGGUGAUGGUGAUGGUGACAGGAGGAGUGGAGAGUCGUUGAGGGUGUCGAGGGAUCAGGAUAGGCCGGGUAGAGGAGCGAUGAGGAACCUCUACUACUUCAGCAUGCAAUUCCACGUCGAUGGCUUCCAAGGCUCGAGCGAUCCGCUCGUGACGCAGUACAACGGCGCCGAGCCUGACUUCCAAUCAAGCCUACCCGAAGAGGUGGAUGUACUAAUCAUCGGAGCUGGGCCAGCAGGACUCUUGCUAGGGGCUCAACUCGCACGAUUCCCAGACAUCACCACGCGCAUCAUCGAGACGAAACCUGGGCGACUUGAGCAAGGACAGGCAGACGGCCUCCAGUGCAGAACGAUCGAGAUCUUCGAGGCAUUCGGCUUUAGCGAACGAGUCCUGAAAGAGGCGUAUUGGGUCAACGAGACCACUUUCUGGUCACCUACCGAAGAUGGCAAGGGCUUGCGGCGAAGUGGCAGGAUACGAGAUACAGAAGAAGGCUUGAGCGAGUUUCCACAUGUCAUACUGAACCAAGCUCGACUGCAUGACCUAUGGCUGGACUGUAUGAAAUGGUCUCAGACGCGUCUAGAGCCUUCAUACAGCCGGAAAAUGGUACAUGUGGACAUUCCCAAAGACUCAGGCCCAAUCAACGUCACAGUCGAACGAUUAGACGAAGCACACAAAGGCCAACAAGAACACGUGCGAGCGAAAUACGUUGUAGGCUGCGAUGGAGCUCGAAGCGGUGUUCGACAGACUAUCGGCAUCGAGAUGAAGGGCGAUUUCACCAACAGCGUAUGGGGCGUACUCGACGCCUUGUUAGUGACUGACUUCCCUGAUAUCCGCCUGAAGACAGCGAUACAUUCUGCGAACGAUGGCAGUAUCCUCAUCAUUCCGCGAGAGGGCGGGUAUUUGGCUAGGUUCUAUAUUGAGCUGGACAAGCUGGGCAGCGGCGAACGGGUUUCUUCGAAGAAUGUCACGGCUGAGGUGCUGAUAGAUCGAGCGAAGCGGAUUUUCGCGCCUUAUAGGUUUGAUGUGCGGGAGAUUGCUUAUUGGAGUGUCUACGAAGUAGGGCAAAGACUUACAGGUCAUUUCGAUGAUGUGCCGAAAGCUGAGCGACAUCUGCGAGAUCCUCGUGUGUUCAUCGCUGGUGAUGCAUGCCACACCCACAGCGCGAAGGCUGGGCAAGGCAUGAACGUUUCUAUGAACGAUUGCUACAAUCUCGGCUGGAAGCUGGCCGCAGUGUUGCAUGGCACAUCGCCGACUAGCUUGCUACACACGUACAGCGAGGAAAGACAAGAUAUCGCCCGGAUGCUCAUCGAUUUCGACCGUGAGAUGUCCCGAAUGUUCGCCGCGAAACCUAAGGAGAAAGCCAGUGAGGACGACAAGGACUCCGUCGAUCCAGCAGUCUUCCAGGACUAUUUCACCCAGCAAGGUCGCUUCAUGGCAGGUGUCCAGACGAAAUAUAAACCUGGUCCGCUCACGUCUGCGGAUACGCGAUGGCAAGAGCUAGCUACUGGAUUUGAAAUUGGGACGAGGUUCCAGUCUGUGCAGGUCCUUCGUGUUGCAGAUGCAAAGCCUAUCCACCUGGGCCAUGAGUUCAAAGCAGAUGGGCGAUGGCGUAUCAUUCUGUUCGGUGACAAGUCUGCCCCUACAUCGCCCGCCAGCCCAAUAUCCAAGCUCUGCGAUGCACUCCACAAGGAGAUCAUUCCCAGAUACACCUCAUCGAACGCUGAUAUCGAUUCGAUCAUAGACGUUCGUGCCGUCUUCCAACAGUCACGCAAAACCUUAAACAUCACGGACCUUCCGCAAAUUCUGCUCCCACGUAAAGGAAAGCUCGGCAUUCAGGAUUACGAGAAGGCGUUUACGGACGAGGAAAGCUACGGAUUUGGUUUUGGAGAGAUUUACAAGACCCGCGGCAUCGAUCGAGAGAAAGGGUGUGUGAUUGUCGUGCGACCUGAUCAGUAUAUCAGUGCCAUCAUGCCUCUAUCGGGAGAGACGAGCGGUAUGCUCAGAGCGUUUUUUGAUGGGGUUAUGAAUACCACGGGAGAGUAG